AGUUGCGUGUUCAAAUGAUCAUUAAAAGUUGCUGCUCGAGCUGUCUCGGAAUGCUGUCAGAUUAAAUAGAGGUUUCAGCUGCCUGGUGCAUAUCAUCAUCUUCUUCAAGGGAGGAAGAAGAGAGAGCUUAACUGGGGACCGCCAUGGAUUCAGCAUCAGUUAUCAUCAUUGGAGCAGGGAUGUCAGGGAUCUCGGCGGCGAAGACGCUUUCCGAUGCGGGCGUAAAGGAGAUACUGAUCCUGGAGGCCACAAACCGCAUCGGUGGCCGCAUCAGGAACACCUACUUCGCAGAUCUUAGUGUGGAGACGGGAGCAAACUGGAUUGAAGGAGUGCAUGGUGAAAAGCAGAACCCCGUAUGGGAGAUGGCACAGCAGCUUGGCCUCAGGACUUUCAGAUCGGACUACAGUAAUCUCUCCUCCAACACCUACAAGCAAGAUGGUGGGCGUUACGAGAAAGCAGCAGUUGAGGCGGCCAUAGACGAGUCGGAGAAGAUUCACAGCUUGGGAGAGGAGUACUCCAAAACUUUGCCCCCUAGCGGUCGGAAUGAUAUCUCCAUCUCCACGUUUCAAAGGCUCGAAAACAAGAUUCCUUCCACUCCCUUGGAAAUGAUCGUGGACUACUACUCUUACGACUACGAGUUCGCAGAACCUCCGAGAGUGACGAGUCUGCAAAACACUGUUCCAUUGCCUACGUUUGAUGACUUUGGGGACAACGUGUACUUUGUGGCGGAUGAGCGAGGCUACGAGAGCUUGGUGUACAACUUGGCCUCCAUGUUCCUCGAGACCAAUAGCCAUGGGGUCAUUGUAGAUCCGCGUCUCCAGCUUGGAAAGGUGGCGACGGAGAUCCAGUACUCGGGUGAUGGUGCCACUGUGAGCACGGAUGACAGAUCAAGUUACAGAGCAGAUUUUGUGCUCGUCUCGGUCAGCAUUGGCGUUCUUCAAUCAGAUCUCAUCAAAUUUAACCCAGUUUUACCUAAAUGGAAGAUCCUGGCGCUGUACGAGUUCGACAUGGCAGUAUACACCAAGAUAUUCCUCAAGUUCCCUUUCAAGUUUUGGCCUGAUGGAGAUGACACAGAGUUCUUCCUGUACGCCAGCAAGAGGAGAGGAUACUACCCACUGUGGCAGCAUUUUGAGAAGCAGUACCCAGGAGCCAACAUCCUGAUGGCCACCGUCACCGACGAGGAGUCCAGAAGAAUAGAGCAGCAGGAUGAGUCCACCACCAAGAAAGAAGCCAUGGAAGUGCUGCGCAGCAUGUUCGGCAAAGACAUUCCUGAGGCCACAGACAUCCUCGUCCCCAGGUGGUGGUCCAACAAGUUCUUCCGGGGCAGCUUCUCCAAUUGGCCGCUGGGAGUCAACCGGCAUGAGUUCGACUCCAUCAAGGCACCCAUCAAAAGGCUUUAUUUCACCGGUGAGCACACAAGUGAGCACUACAAUGGCUACGUCCAUGGAGCGUACCUCGCAGGGAUUGAUUCAGCAAACAUGAUCGUCCAACAUAUCAGAGAUGGAUAUUUCGAGGUCGAAAUCAAGCCAAAGGAUUCGUAUUAAGCUGAUUUGUUCUGAAGUCAUGCAGAGAUGGAGUACAAAGAAGAUGAUCAUGAUCAUGGCUACUUGUACGAGGAUCAGCAGUUCUGGAUCACUCGAAUGCCUCAUCCUCCAAGAUAAAAUGAUGAUGCAUUUGCAUUGUUGUAUUACUCAUUUGCAUUGUGGAAUAAUGAUAUGUGAACUCUUUUUGUGGGGAAUUAGACAUUUCCCCUUCCUUAUUCUGCCAAUUUAAUUUAGUGGCUGUCAGUGUUGAGUUUGUGCCAUCCUAUAUUAGGUUUCUGCUACUGUUCCAUAACUUGACAUAUCUCCUUCCUAUACCUAAUAUUAUGCUUGUUUGUCAUUUCAUGGAACAUCAAAACAUUUCAGGAACUCUGUUUACUAGUAAGAAAAAACUCCUACAUUUUCUUAUUGCAUUUUUCCUUCUUUUCUUGUCCUCAAAUGGAGGGAAAGUAUCCACUGUUCUACUUUGGAUUGGCUUGAUGCAUUUAGAGGGAUACAUGUCAACUAUUUUAUUUUAGCUACCUUGCAAACAUAGGUCUCAUGCAUGUGAACAAGGGCCUACAGAUGUUGAUGCAGUAAAGAGCUUAUCAUGAGCACAUUUCCUACUAUAAUUACUUUCUUGACGCACCAUCCUCUUUGUUUGAAACACUUUACUUUGAUGCAUGGUAUUCUUUGAAUUUGGAGAAUUGAUUCUCCAAAUUCAAAUUCCUAUCUGCUCAUUGUCAAUCCAUCAUCCUAGGGAAGGAACUCCACCUACUUCAAACAUCUUUAUGGAUAGCCCUGGUUGUAAGGCUGAUGGACCUCAAGGAGCACCUGAGGCUAUACUUCCAAGCUACUUCAAAGAAGAAGCAAGAAGAAAGGGUAUGGAUGUGAAGGUAGUAGUAGCAGUAGCAGUAGUAGUAUCACAAGCAAAGAGGAUAGGGAUGUGAAGGUAAUAGUAGCAGCAGCAUCCAAAAGAGAAAAGGCAUGACAAGAGAACAGCAGCAUCAGGUAUUUAUUAUUAGAUCAGCAGCAUGCCAUUCCCAUCCAAAUGACUCCAGGACAAAGUAGAAUGUUGGGAGACAUGUUUAUAUAUGAUCUAAGAGAGGUCAAACUACACAAGAUGCAUGCCUUAUCCCAAUGAAGAAUUCAUCAGGCCUCAGACCUGUUGUCUUCCUAAUCCAACAUUCUUACUACAAUGCCUACUGGAGGCAUCUUGUAGAAAGAACAGUAUAAACUUCAAGUGGAUGCAUGAGCACUGCUUUGAUGUUAAUCACCUAAGAAGAGCACCAACAAGUGGUUUAAUUUUCUUGCAAAACCACAUGGGGAGAGAAGAAACAUAAUCCAAUCUGUGCAAGGGAUAGAAGACAAACCAGUCGGUCACAUAAUCUUAUUCUUCUUAAAACUCCACUCCAAAUGCUACCUUCCACACUUCCUUGGUCUACUCUCCCACACCUAUCUCCCUUUACAGUGGCUUUGGCCCUGCUCCCAUCCACACCAAACAACCCCUGAGAGAGCCUCCAAAAACUUUCCUCCUUGGAUUUUUCAGCUCCCCUGUAGAUUCUUCUCUUUCUUUUACAACAUCCAGGAUCAAUCACACUCACCGAUUUACGUGAAAUUAAGUGCAAGAAGGUAGAUCUCGUCCCCUAUAAAUAGCCCCACAAAGUUUCCUACCAGCCUCAGCUCCCUCGCCUACACGCCUGCUUCCUGUCGGAGUUCCAAGCUCAGACUGCUCCCAUGGGGAGGCAUACCAACGACCCCACCGUCCUCAACUCCUCCAUCGCGCUUCUGCAAGAGAGGUUCAAGCAGCUGCAGAGGGUGAGGGAGAUGAGAGAGGAGAGACAACUCCAGGGGACAGCGGUCAGGAGCCAAAGCUGUGAUCGUGAGCCUCCCAGGUGGCUGUUCCCCGGCGCUGCACCCGGCCACCACCACCGUCGCCAUGGCGAGGAACACGUGGAGGUCCAACCACUCGACUCCUCCACCUCCGCGGGCUUGCUGCCCCACGGAAGCAUCGCUGCCCAAAGCUCUGUCAUGAGCAAUGAGGCCGACGUCGACACCUCCCUUCACCUGUAAUAACAUCAGUUUCCUCUUUACCGAGGGGUUGUAUGUCACUGUUCUCUUUCACUCUUGUGCUGCAAGAAGAAUUCCGAGUAUUCGGGGUGCAAUGUAAUCAACCAACCGCUAUGGUUAGAUCCAUAGCUCUUCUUUCUCUCUAGCAGAAAAGAAAGGUUCAUAUGAAAUAGAUGGCUUUUGGCUUCAGUA